UAUUUUUAUAAUAAUAACAACAACAAAGUCAUAGUUUAAUUUUAUAUUUAUAAUAAAACAAAAAAAAAACGAAGAAAAACAAUCCUGUUUAAGGAUUUCGUAGAGGACAUUAACGAAUUUUUUUAUUAAAAAAAAAUUCAACAAAAUGGAAAAACAACAAUUUUUAAUUGGAUUAAUAUUAUGGUGUUUAUGCGCUCCCGUGCAUCUGCUACGCACCCCCGAAGAUCUCGAACCUGUUGCCCUUAAAGCUUUGCAGCUUGAGAGAGCACGUUCUUUAACCGCCUGCGAUGAUGAUCAGGAGAGCGCCACUGCCGCCACUUAUGAUGUUUGCCCACCGAGUAAAUAUCGUUUGCCUUCUGGUGAAUGUAAUAAUGUAUCGCAUCGUAAAUGGGGUGCUCGUGGUGAUGUCUUCCUGCGUUUACUGGCGUCCGACUAUGCCGACGGCAUUAGCCAGCCCAGAAGUUCGCAUGGUACACAUGCUUUGCCCGAUGCUGAAUUUGUCAUUGAACAAUUGCAAAAGCACAUUGAUCCGGAAGUAAGACAUCCUCAUAUUACCGCCAUGUUACCCGCCUGGGGUCAGCUGCUGGCCAAUGAUUUGAUAGAAGUUAGCCAGUUGCCCAUUAAUGGUAAAUGUUGUAAAACUGCGGCGGAACGUAAUCCUAGAGAGGUGGAACAAUGUUAUGUACGUUCUGGGUCCGAUUGUAAGGAGUAUAGACGUUCAGCUCCUGGCUAUGAUGUGGAAUCUUGCACAAAACAUAAACGUGAACAAAUGAAUGUGGCCUCUGCCUAUAUUGAUGCCAGUGGUUUGUAUGGCUCUACUCUGCAAGAUUACCAAGAAAUACGCACUUAUAUUAGUGGUGGUGUUAAAGUAGAUGCUUGUAAAUAUUGCACAGUUCCUGGUGCCACAGGUGCUUUACAUCGUGCCCUGUUGCAAGAACACAAUCAAAUUGCCGAACAAUUGGCUCAUUUGAAUUCUGACUGGUCCGAAGAGGAUGUAUUCCUGGAAACCAAGCGUAUAAUUACCGCUCAAAUUCAACACAUUACCUACAAUGAAUUUUUACCCCUGGUGCUGGGUCAGGAGACAACAGCCAAAGAAGGUUUAAGACUGGCUGCUGAAAAACACUCGACCAACUAUUCCAGUAUCAAUCGUGGUGGUAUUUAUAAUGAAUUUGCUACCAGUGCUAUGCCUGCCUUUUUGACCAUGUAUCCUCCAGAAAUGCUUUCCAACACAAUGUCCUCAUCCCAAUUGCUCUCCGUUGCUGCCUUGCAAAAAUCCCUAUUACCUGCCACUGCCAACGAAGCAGGCUGGACUGAUUUAGCUUUGGCUAUGCAUCGUGCCCGUGAUCAUGGUGUCCCAUCUUAUGUGGAGGCUUUGGAUUUGUGUGAAAAACGUUUCUCCGACAAUGCCAACAUUACCUUUGACAAUUUGCACAAAUACUCCCACAUACCCGAAGAACACAUUACCAGUCUUAGAGAUAUUUAUCAAUCAGCCAAUGAUGUCGAUUUAUUGACAGGUGCUCUAUUGGAAGAUCCAGCUGUGGGAGCCCUGUUUGGUCCCACAAUUUCCUGUUUGUUGUCUUUGCAAUUUGAACAGCUUAAGAAAACCGAUAGAUUUUGGUAUGAAAAUGAUUUGCCACCCUCCUCUUUCACCUUGGAACAAUUAAAGGCUAUUAGACAGACUUCUUUGUCGGGAUUGUUGUGUGCUUCGCAUCAAGUCCGUGAGGCCCAAUCAAAGGCUUUCAUAAGAGAAGAUAAUUUCUUGAAUACUCUUUUGAAAUGUGAUCAAAUCCAUAAAUUUGAUUUACGUCCCUGGUUAAAUAAUCCCGAAGAUGAGGAACACAUUGAACAUGUUGAAGUUGAACCUCAAGUCAAGGAAGUUAUGAGUGAAUUGAAUCCUGAGCUAUUGGAAGCUGCUGUCGAAAGAGCUAAAAUUGAAUUGGAAGAUCGUAAACGUUUUGAAUAUGAGUCCUGGUUAUCACAGGGUGGCAUUAGUGCCAAAUCUCCUGAUGGUGUGGCAGCUUCUUUCAGCAAGGCCAACCACAAUGCCUUGUUGCUGGCCAACUCUUCGCUGAUGUUUGAAUUGGCUUCCAAUGAAAUUUUAAAUACUUUGACCUCCAUUAACAGACGUAAACGUCAAAUCUUUGAUUCCGGCCUGAACUUCAAUCGCAAUGAGUUGACCGAAACCUUGCAAACCAUUGAUAUCAACAGCUUUUUACAAAAUCGUCCGGCUAAGACAGAAUGCGAUGAUCCACCAGUAUCCUGUGAUACUACUACACCUUUCCGUACCUUUACCGGUUAUUGUAAUAAUUUACGCAAUCCCAACUGGGGCAAAUCUUUGACCACCUUCUCACGUCUAUUGCCCGCUCAAUAUGAUGAUGGUAUUUCUAAGCCCAGACUAUUAGCUGUUACCGGUGCUCCUCUUCCAAAUCCCAGAACAAUUUCCACUGUUAUACAUCCCGAUAUUUCCAAUUUACAUACCCGCUACUCCUUGAUGGUGAUGCAAUAUGCCCAAUUCUUGGACCACGAUUUAACUUUGACACCCAUACACAAAGGUUUCCAUGAAUCUAUACCCAGCUGCAGAAGAUGUGAUUCCAAACAAACUGUACAUCCUGAAUGUAAUCCCUUCCCCGUGCCUGCCGGUGACUACUAUUAUCCUGAAGUGAAUGUUACUAGUGGCGAACGUUUGUGUUUCCCCUCUAUGAGAUCUUUGCCUGGACAAUUGACUUUGGGUCCCCGUGAUCAAGUCAAUCAAAAUACUCACUUCUUAGAUGCUUCCAUGGUUUAUGGUGAAAACAACUGUCUGGCUUCCAAAUUGCGUGGCUUCAAUGGCCGCUUAAACUCUACCAUCCAUCCUGUUAGAGGCAAAGAAUUGUUGCCCCAAACUAAUGAAAAUCCCGAAUGUAAAUCUCGCAGUAAUCUCUGUUUCAUUGGUGGUGAUGAACGUGCCUCCGAACAACCAGGUCUCACUGCCAUUCACACCAUUUUCUUGCGUGAACACAAUCGUAUUGUUGAGGGCUUAAGAGGUGUAAAUCCUCACUGGACCGGCGAUCAAUUGUAUCAUCAUACCAGACGUAUUGUUGCUGCCCAAGUUCAACAUCUAACAUUCAAUGAGUUCCUGCCACGUAUCUUAAGUUGGAAUGCUGUCAAUUUGUAUGGCUUGAAACUGUUGCCUCAAGGCUACUACAAAGACUACAAUCCUUCCUGUUCGCCAAUUAUCUUCAAUGAGUUUGCUGCCGCUGCCUUCCGUAUUGGUCAUUCAUUGUUGAGACCUCAUAUUCCUCGUUUGAGUCCUCAGCAUCAACCCGUUGAUCCUCCAAUUUUGUUGCGUGAUGGUUUCUUCAGAAUGGAUGCUUUAUUGCAGCCUGGCAUUAUCGAUGAAAUCAUGCGCGGUUUGGUGGCCACUCCCAUGGAAACUUUGGAUCAAUUUAUUACCGGUGAAGUUACCAAUCAUUUGUUCGAAGAUCGCAAGAUUCCUUUCUCGGGUGUGGAUUUGAUUGCUUUGAAUAUUCAAAGAGGUCGUGAUCAUGGUCUUCCCUCUUAUAACAACUAUCGUGCCUUGUGUAAUCUAAAGAGAGCCUCCAACUGGAAUGAUUUGAGUCGUGAAAUUCCCACUGAAGUUAUUAAUCGUUUCAAGAAAAUCUAUCCUACUGUUGAUGAUAUUGAUCUAUUCCCCGGAUCUAUGACUGAAAGACCUUUACAAGGCGGUUUAGUGGGUCCCACUUUGGCCUGUAUAAUUGGUAUACAAUUCAGACAGUUGAGAAAAUGUGAUAGAUUCUGGUAUGAAAAUCAAAAUCCUGAGGUUAAAUUUACUGAAGCUCAAUUGGCGGAAAUUCGUAAGACUACCUUGGCCAAGAUUGCUUGUGAAAAUUUGGAAAUUCCUGGUGAUAUGCAACGUGCUGCUUUCGAUUUGCCCAGUAACUUCUUAAAUCCCCGCGUACCUUGUCACUCUAUGCCUCAAAUCGAUUUGAGUGCCUGGCGUGAAAAUGUUCAGGGCUGUCAAAUUGGCAAUCGUCAUGUCAGAGUAGGAGAAUCAGCCUUCCCCUCACCCUGUACCAGCUGUGUAUGCUCCACAGAAGGCGCUCAAUGUGCCUCACUGCGCAUUACCGAUUGCGGUCAACUGAUUAGACAAUGGCCUAAAGAAGCUAUUCUACGCGAUGAAGUGUGCAAUUCACAAUGUGGCAUUUACCUCAAUGGUCAAAAUGGCAAUUUCAAUGCCCAGGCCCGUCAAUCUCAAGUACCACCCUCUCGUGUACAACGUUCAAGGCCACAAAAUCUAUUCAAAUUCCCCGAUCUUACACCCUUCAUAGCAUCAUUGUAAAUUUAAGGCAAAACUAAAACUUUACCACGAUACUUAAACGUUAAACUUAGAAAAUACUUAUUAAUGAAAGAAACUAUAACAACAAAAUCCAACAUGUCCGCCAUUAGUUAAACAACAAUCAAAGUGGACAUCAUUUUAGCCCUUCUAAAACUUUGCUUUAAAACCGCAAAGAAAAAAGGCUUAAAAAGUAAGAGAUGUCCACUUAAUUUCUUUCAAACUUAGGAAAUUAAUAAAUUUAUAAUUGAUGUAUAUAAAAUAAUUUGUUAGUUGUACUAAGCAAGAAAAUUACUUGUUCACUUUAAUUAAAUAAUUUUCUUGAAAAUGGAAAAUGUAAAUAAUUUUAAAUACCUACACAGAAAAUCUAUAAUUUAAGAAGAAAACAAAAAACUUCAAAAAGAGAAGAAAUAUUAGUUACUCCAAGUUUUUUUUUAUAAAUAUUUGUUAUAAACUUUAAAGACUUAUUAUGUAUGCACUUUUUACUAUAAAAAUAUAUUAUUAUAUUGUAUGUAAUAUAAACUCUUACACCAUUUCCAAUAAGCAAUAAAAAAAAAACUCAUCUUCAUCUUCUUUUCGAAAUUCAAAACGUACUCAAACUUUUUCGAAAUGGUGUUUGGAACUCUGUUUCUUUAGUAUUGUUAGUAAAAAUUUCCUACUUUUUCAACUACUCUCUACACUAUCACUUUCAAAAUCAACACAAAAAAAUGUUUUAGUUCCAUUUAACUGCCUCUAUUUUUAUGCAUAUAACUUUAGUUUAUACUAAAUACUAUACAAAGAAAAUUUAAUACAUUUCUUAUAUAUUUCCUUUAGAUUUCAAUGCAUUUCUUUUGCUUAUUUAUUGAUAUUUUAUAAUUAAAACUAAAAAAAAAACAUAAACGAUAUUGUAUAAUAAAUAUAUAUAUUUUUAAUUGUAGUUGUCCACGAUAAUUAAUAAAUAAAUGUUACUGUUAAGAUAAAUAAAAUGAAAAA